AGAUCGUCGUGUGUGAACUACGCUUAUUCGUUCGGAGCCAGGUAAAAGCGAAACGAAGUGAAGCAACAAGUGAUUUUCAAACAUUCCAGACGAUUUUUUUCGCAUUUCUCAAACAUCCUUCUUCUUUGGCAAUGGCCCGUUACUUCAAGGAACAAGAUAUCGAUGAGUUUCGUGAGUGCUUCUACUUAUUCGCCCGUUCCGGUCACAUAACGACGCUGGACGAGCUUACCGUGAUAAUGCGCUCGCUUGGGCUUUCUCCCACCAUACAAGAGUUGACCCAGUAUCUGAAGAAGAAAAAUGGGCGCAUGAGUUUUGCGGAUUUUCUAGAAGUUAUGCACCAGCAUUCCCGGGUAGAAAACCUACCCGAUGAAGUUGUGCAGGCAUUUAAAGCCGGAGACAAAGCUGGGCGUGGAACUAUUCCUGCCAGACAGCUGCGCCAUUUACUACAGAAUUGGGGCGAAGGGCUAUCGUAUCGUGAGGUGGAUAACAUUUUUCGUGAGGCAAAUGUUUCGAGCAGCGGUCAUGUCCGGUAUAGUGAUUUUGUACGUGUAGCUUGUGCUCCAGUUCCGGAUUAUUAUUAGCUAAUUGGCCGAUUGCUACUUUCAGCAUUUCCAUUCGUAUUUUAUAUAGCUACCGCUUUGUUCAUUAUUUAAUUUGCGAAGAGAAAAAAAUAUAUGUAUUUAUUUAGUUGUGCUAA